AUGUCGGAAUGGCACCACAGAACCGAUGCUAUACACUGGUAUAUGCAGGAAUUGUCAUCAAGAGUAGUUGCUGAAUCAGGUAUUCCGAGUGAUAGGCAUCAUCUCGGGAAAUUGAUUUUACGAGGGUUCAAAGAUGCCCCGGACUUCCUCUUACAGAUCGAUGCAGCUACUGACGAAAGAGAAAAUUUCGAGUCAGCGUUAAAAAGAUCCGUGCAAUGUGCCAACGCGUUGAGAAAACUGGACGUGAAACAUAAGGAUGUGAUACUAUUGAUGGCACCGAACCAUAUUCACCUCAUAAUACCAAUGUAUGCAGCUUUUUACCUUGGCAUCGCUGUCGCUGGAAUUGAUUGGACUCUAGGAGUUGAUGAACUUCGAGACACCUUCACAUUCAAUGAACCAAAGGUGAUUUUCUGUCAAAGUGAAAGAGCAAAAGACGUCGCAUCGGCAUUGGAAGGUUUACAGUUUAAACCACAAAUCGUAACAUUUGGAAAGGCAGAUGGAUUUACUAGCUUUUCUGAACUGCUAGAAAAUUAUGGAAACGACACGUCCGUUGAAGAUUUCAAAGCUGCAGAUUUCGACACUAGUGACACAAUAGGGCUGCUAAUAGCAACCAGCGGAACAACUGGUUUGCCAAAAUCAGCAUGUUGUACGCAUAAGAACUUAGCCACGGCCAUUCCAUAUAAAUGGCUCACCUUCGACCAGUACCCGACACCCACUCGCAUGCCAUUCAUCAUCUCACCAGUGCAGUGGUACUCAGCGCUGUACGUGCAUAUAUCUUGUCCGAUACUGAGGAUGACAAAAGUUCAAUCUUCUCAACCCAUAACCCAAGAGCACGCUUACUAUAUAAUCAACAAAUACAGACCAACAUUUACCCUGACUAGUCCGAACAUUCUGACGACACUGUUCAAAGAUGGCGACCGUCAGAAAUGCGACUUCACAUGUUUUGAACAAUUAGUCGCAGGAGGCAGUGGUGUACACCCUGAUCUUGUUACACUGAUGAAGAAAGUUAUGCCUAACACUAAAGUACUGGUGAUGUAUGGUUUGAGCGAGUUGUCUGGAAUGGCUUUCAACUUUGACGGAUGCGUGCCUACCGCUCUGGGUAGGCCUGUGCAGAGUUUGAAGGCAAAGCUCGUUGAUCCUACUACGCUCGAAGAAAUAACUGAACCGAACGUUAUUGGCGAACUUUGGGUUAAAGGACCAGCUGUUUUUAAGGGAUACUACAAUAAUCCAGAAGUAACAGCACAAACACUGGUAGAUGGAGGCUGGCUGAGGACUGGAGACAUGAUGUACAAAGACUCUGCUUACAACUUCUAUUACUUUGACCGGUUGAAGUUGUUACUUAAAUAUAGAAAUCAUCAGAUAUCUCCAUUAGAAAUCGAGAGCGUUAUAACAAAGCACCCAGCUGUGUUCGAAGUAGCAGUGACUGGCAUUCAUCAUCAAGAACAUGGGGACUUGCCAGUCGCCUGCGUUGUUCCUCAUGAAGGCUCCAACGUUACAGCACAAGAGAUUAAAGAUUUUGUAAAAGAAUCACUGACAGACUCCAAACAACUGAGAGGCGGAGUGUUAUUCUUAAAACAAUUGCCGUUGACAUCGACAUCGAAGAUAGAUAGACAAAAGCUUCGAAAGUUAGCACUUUCAUCGCCACUAGAGUAAAAAAGUAAUACAAUUUGGUUACAAUAUAUAAUAUUAUUUGUGUAUCAAAUAGUGUAAU